UAAGGAUAUCUACAUGACAUGUAGUACAUAUAUAACACUGGCAAAAAAGGACAUUCCAUCCUACAAAACUACAUACGGCGUUGCACUCAUUGAAUUUUCGGACAUACUUUGUAAAUCCCCCACUUCCCGAUUUGUUGUGACGUGCGCGGCGCAUCAUUUUCCGUCCCAAUGCAUUGUUGUUUGCACUUGA